AUGGCGUGUAUGACCUCAAACACCUCGUCCGUAGCUGCAUCACUGCGGGAAAAGCUCCCUGGACCUUUGAAGACUCCAAUUGUUGAUCCUGUCGAAUCUGCAGUACCUCCACGCCCAGUAGAGCUUACCGCCGAACAGAAGUCCAAGUACCAAUCAUUGUUGGAGAUUGUCAAGUCAUGGAAGGAGGUUCCAUCUACGCAAGGGAAAGGAGGCCUAAUUACGGAGAGUGAGAUAAUGUGGUUGACGAGGGAGUGUCUGCUACGAUAUCUGAGAGCUACAAAAUGGGUUACAGCUGAAGCAGCGAAACGAUUGCUUGGUACAUUGACAUGGCGGAGGGAAUAUGGAGUCGAAGAUCUGACCGGAGAUCAUAUAUCGCCGGAGAACGAGACUGGAAAGCAGAUCAUCAUUGGAUACGAUAUUGCUGCUAGACCAUGUCAUUAUCUCAACCCCGGACGACAGAAUACCGAGCCGAGUCCGAGACAAGUGCAACACUUGGUGUUCAUGGUUGAGAGAGUUAUCAAUCUCAUGGUACCGGGCCAAGAGACAUUGGCUCUGUUGAUUAAUUUCAAGUCUAGCAAGAGUAGAUCCAAUACGGCUCCUGGUCUCGGUCAAGGACGAGAGGUUUUGAACAUUCUUCAGACCCAUUACCCUGAGAGACUGGGUAGAGCUCUGAUCAUCAACAUUCCUUGGAUCGUCAAUGGCUUCUUCAAACUCAUAACACCAUUCAUAGACCCAUUGACGAGGCAAAAGCUGAAAUUCAACGACGAUAUGAGACAGCAUGUUCCUCCUGAGCAGCUUUGGAAUGAGUUUCAUGGGGACUUGGAGUUUGAGUAUGAACAUGACGUGUAUUGGCCAGCACUAUUGAGACUUUGCGAGGAGAAGCAUUCAGAGCUGGUUUCUCGCUGGGUGAAAGCUGGAAAGAACUAUGGCGAGAGUGAGAUAUAUCUGAAGGGAGGAGAUGAACCAAAACAGGUCAAGAGCGAGGCGAAUGGUUCUCCAGCUGAACCUGCUUCCACGGAGGCAAAAACACCGGUUCAAACAAGUGGAACACAAUCCAAUGGUAACAUGGAUGUCAUGGCUAUAAAACCAGACCCAAUCAUCACAACAGAGGGGGACAGGACUUGA